AUGCAAGGACAAGAAAUUAAAAAGAAUUUGAAAGAACAGAAAGAAGAGAUUAAUACGGAGUAUAAACUAACCUCCGGAGAAGACGGCGGCGACAAUGCGGCGGAGGAAAGGGAGAAAAUGGGUAAGGGAAGUAGCAACAUGAGUCGAAAGUUUGACGCCAUCAAAGACAUUACCGACAAGAAGGAGACGUGGAGACUGGCUGUUCGUAUUAUUGAUUCAUGGAGCGUCGUUAACAGUAAGGGUGCUGAACAUCUGGAGAUGGUUAUCAUGGAUGCUGCGGGUGAUCGAAUUCAAGUUUUGAUUCGUGCUGAUCACACACAUAAGUGGAAACCAAGAAUUCAAGAAAAUAUGACUUGCGUAAUAAACAACGGCACUGUAUUUGAUAACGAUUUUCAGUGGAAGCUUUGUGACCAUUCUAAAAAAUUUGUCUUCCUUGGUGGUACCACCAUGAAACACAUGGAUGUUCAAAAUAUUCCUCCUCGAAAGUAUUAUUUCAAAGACUUUUCUGAAAUUAAUGGAGGCAAUUGUCAACUAAACAGACUUGAAGAUAUUAUAGGUGUUGUGCAUGAGAUCAACAAUAUGCAAUCAAACACGCCCGGGAAGAAGACAUUUGCUGCCUUCAGUCUGAAAGAUUUGAGUGGUAACAUUGUUAGCUGCACAUUAUGGGAGAGCUAUGGAUCUAAGUUUUUGGAUUACUACAAUGACCCAAAUAAUAGCGGUGCUAUUGUCGUCAUACUAACCCAUGCAAUGAUAAAGGAAUGCCAGGUAUCCAAUGCAUGGAGUGGUUCUAAGCUGCUGAUCAAUGAAGACAUCCCUGAGAUUUCCGAGUUUUUAUCAAAACUGCCUGCAAAUGAGCAAAAUCAAAAGCCUUCCCAAUCUGCCAAAUCUAUGUCUCUUUGGUCCGGUGGAUCUCAGUUUACAACAGUUGAAAAAUUUGUUCAUAAGGCAAAGUGCAUUCCUUUGAGUGAAUUAACCAAAAUGAAACAAGUAUAUCUCAAAACAAGUGUUUUUCAUCAUUUGCUAUAUCUCAGAUCAAGUUAUUUUGCAGUUAUCUAUAUUGAAUUCUAA